AUGUCCGCAGCUCCCGCCAGCAAUGGGGUGUUCGUCGUCAUCCCGCCCAGCGGCGCCGGGGGCCUCCGCCCGCCUCCGGCCGUGCUGCCCCCCUCCAUGUGCCAGCCUCCCGGGGUGAUGCAGUUUGAGGAGCCGCCGCUGGGCGCGCAGACGCCAAGGGCCACCCAGCCGCCUGACCUGCGGCCGGUGGAGACAUUCCUGACCGGAGAGCCCAAAGCUUUAGGGACGGUCCAGAUCCUCAUCGGCCUCAUCCACCUGGGCUUCGGCAGCGUGCUGCUCAUGGUCCGCCGCGGCCACGUGGGGAUGCUCUUCAUCGAAGGCGGCGUCCCCUUCUGGGGAGGAGCCUGCUUCGUCAUCUCGGGAUCCCUCUCCGUGGCGGCCGAGAAGAGCCACACCAGCUGCCUCGUGAGGAGCAGCCUGGGAACAAACAUUCUCAGUGCCACGGCGGCCUUUGCGGGGACAGCCAUUCUGCUCAUGGAUUUCGGUGUCACUAACUGGGAUGUGGGCAGGGGCUAUCUGGCCGUGCUCACCAUCUUCACCAUCCUGGAGUUCUUCGUUGCGGUCAUUGCUACCCACUUUGGGUGCCAAGCCACCCGCGCUCAAGCCAACACGCCUGUGAUUUUCCUGCCCAACGCCUUCAGCGCUGACUUCAACAUCCCCAGCCCCGCCGCCUCUCCGCCCCCGGCCUAUGACAAUGUGGCAUAUGUGCCCAAGGAGUCAUCCGAGUAGAGGUCACUCCGCCGGUUGGAGUCCAGCCUGUCCCUUGGGGCCCAGCCUUCCCCCACCCCCACCGCGUUAAUCUGGGGCAGCCCAUCCCCCACCCCACAAUCACAUAUGGGGGCACCCAGGUGAAGUGUUCCCCGGGGACAUCUGUCCCACACAUCUCCCUCAGUGGCUCCUUUCCUAGAAGAGCUAGUUGAUGUCAAGGGUGAGUGUCCCCUCCGCUCCCUGGGCCCUGUCGGCCUUCUGGGACUGUCCCCAUGAGCUGCUCUGCAUUUCUCUCUGUCCACUCCGGGGAAACCCUGGCCUCACUGGCAGACACGGUCAAGGCUGUCCUCAGGCCUUGGGAAGACCAUUAAGCUCAGGAACCCAGAAUCCUCCAGAAGAGUAUUGAGUCCAAGUGCUGAGGCCACCCAGCUGGCCGUGGCCCGACCUUGGGUCUCCAGGCCCCAGGACCAGCUCUCUGCUUUGUAAUCAUGGCAAUGUCAUGGAUCUCAGUUUUCCCACCUGGAAACCAAAGCAUUGACUAGAUGGCAUUGAGGGCCCUUCCCAGCGCUCCCCGAAGUCCUGGUCUAAGUCAGGCAGUGUCUCCCCAGGUCCCUGGAAAGGAUCAUUUUCCUUAUCUAUUCAACGGAGUUGGGUUGGGGAGGAUGGAGGAGAGGGCUAAAGCCAGCCCAGUGCACCCCAGUCAGCACCCACAGGUGCACAGCCAUGGCGGCCCUUCCCCGCUGGGGACCAGAGAUGCCCGACGGUCACUGUGAGCUGGGCUGGGUCUGGGGCAAAGGACACACCCUUACCAGAGGUCAGAGGUCCUGGCAGAUGGCUCGUCUCAUCCAUACCACAGAGGGAAAUAAACAGUGUGGCUUGCAUUUUGA